AAAAAAGCGUCACAUGAUUUCACUUCCGCAACUCAUUCUGCCACACUCAUUCAAAAUAUCGCAUUGUAGUCGGGGAAGUAAGACCCGCAGCUGACUGUGUUCAAGUAAAAACUGCAUGAAAAGCUGCUUUAAUAAUUAUUAUUAUUUACUUGGAGCGGACAGCACGAGUCGUGUGAGGACUCAUCAUGUCUCUGUUCAGAUUGGGAACCAAACUGCUGCUGCUGCUGCUGCUGCUGCAGUUUGGACAUUCACUCGGGGAUCCUCCUUCAUUCAGCGUGGAUUAUCAGAACGACUGCUUUCGGAGAGAUGGGGAAGAGUUUCGUUACAUAUCAGGAAGCAUCCAUUACAGCAGGAUUCCCAGAGUCUACUGGAAGGAUCGGCUGCUCAAGAUGUACAUGGCAGGACUGAAUGCCAUCCAGACGUAUAUUCCCUGGAACUACCACGAGGAGUCUCCAGGCCGAUACAAUUUCAGUGGAGACAGGGAUUUGGAAUAUUUCAUUCAGCUGGCCAGAGACAUUGGUUUAAUGGUGAUCCUUCGGCCCGGACCUUACAUAUGUGCAGAGUGGGACAUGGGAGGGCUGCCUGCCUGGCUUCUCAAGAAGAAAGACAUUAUUCUUCGGUCUUCAGAUCCAGAUUACAUCGCAGCAGUAGAUAAGUGGAUGGGGAAGUUACUGCCCAUGAUGAAGCCUUAUCUCUACCAGAACGGUGGUCCUAUCAUCACUGUACAGGUGGAGAAUGAAUAUGGCAGCUAUUUCGCAUGUGACUACAACUACAUGCGUUACCUGACCAAACUGUUCCGGUCUCACCUGGGCGAGGAGGUGGUGCUCUUCACCACAGAUGGAGCUGGGCUCGGCUACCUCAAGUGUGGCUCAAUACAAGGUCUCUACGCUACUGUUGACUUUGGGCCAGGUGGGAAUGUAACCGCUGCCUUUGAUGCACAGAGACACGCUGAACCUCACGGACCGUUGGUGAACUCUGAAUUUUACACGGGCUGGCUGGACCAUUGGGGGUCACGUCACUCCACUGUGUCAUCUGCCAGAGUGGCCAAAUCGCUCAACGAGAUUCUGGCCAUGGGAGCAAACGUCAACCUCUACAUGUUCAUAGGAGGAACAAACUUUGGAUACUGGAAUGGAGCCAACUCACCUUACGGCGCGCAGCCCACGAGUUACGACUAUGACGCCCCACUCACCGAAGCAGGAGACCUCACGGAGAAGUACUUUGCAAUUAGAGAGGUGAUCAAAAUGUACCAUAAGAUACCAGAGGGACCAAUACCACCAACUACUCCAAAGUUUGCAUAUGGGACUGUUGUGAUGAAGAAGCUCCAGACAAUAACAGACGCCUUAGAGACACUGUCUUUCUCCGGGCCCAUCAAAAGCAUGUAUCCUCAGACUUUCAUUGAUCUGAACCAGGCCUUUGGUUACGUGCUCUACAGGACCACUCUGCCUGUUACCUGCAGCACACCGACUCCACUGUCAUCUCCGCUGAACGGCGUCCACGAUAGAGCGUAUGUGUCAGUGGACGGGGUGGCUGUGGGGAUUCUUGAGAGGAACAAAGCCAUAACUGUGAAUGUGACUGGGAAAGCUGGCAGUCAGGUGGACAUACUGGUGGAAAAUAUGGGCCGAGUCAACUACGGAAAAGACAUCAACGACCUGAAGGGCCUCGUGUCCAACCUGACUUUGGGGAAAGAUACGCUCGCCGGCUGGACCAUGUACAGCCUCAGCAUCGAUGAAGCCGUCAGUCAGGGUCUUCUCGGUGGAACGAAACCAACAGACCCGCCCAAGCCUGCCACUCUCUCGCUUCCAGCCUUCUACGAGGGAAGCUUCAUCAUUCCUGACGGCAUCCCAGCCCUCCCCCAGGACACCUACAUCAAACUGCCCAACUGGAGGAAGGGGCAAGUCUGGAUUAACGGCUUUAAUUUGGGACGUUACUGGCCGACUCGAGGACCUCAGGUGACUCUGUUUGUCCCUGCCAACAUCCUCAGCACAGCCGCACCCAACAAUGUGACGGUCCUGGAGCUGGAGGAGGCUCCCUGCAGCUCAGGGCUGUGCAGUGUUGAGUUCACUGACACGCCCAUCCUGAACGCAACAGUCCAGUCUGACUACAAACAGCACAGGAGGCUUUUUGCUAAAGAAGAUUUGUUGUGAUGAGACGAGAACUCACUGCUCGCUGCACAAUAGGAAUCAAUUUGCACUAUUUGCUGAUUUUAAAAACUCACAUCAGCACUUGUUCUGUGAGCUUGAUGUAUGUUUGAUUUUAAAAGGUUAAAUAUGUUUUAAAAAAGGGUAAUUUCGGACAUGACAUCAGUGAUUGAAUGUGUCUUGAAAGUGUUUUUAGCCAAUUAUUGUAUUUAACCAUCACAUCAACUGUGGGCUUCUCUACCUCACUGAUUCUGCAUUACACUUUCAUUCAAAGCCUUUUUUCUCUUCACAAAGGGAUUCUUGCCGAUUUAAGCACUGCCAAAACAUCACAGCAGCCUGGAUUACAAAGAAUGUUUUAUUUUUAUGUGAAAAACACAUCAGAGAAAUAAAUUUAUCUAUCAUACUACUACAGGUACAUUGUGGGACUGCUGACAUGUAACUUAUACUAACUUUAAAAUUAUUUUCCACAUAUCGAGAACCUGUCUGAUUUUAUGUUUUAAAAGCAAUUAAAGAUUUAAAAAAAAAGAUUUGAUAAUACUCCAA